AUGACUAGAAAGAAAGUAACCCUAGCUUACAUUAAUAGCGACUCUGACCGGAAAGCCUCAUUCCGCAAAAGGAUGAGAGGUUUCCGGAACAAGGCCCGCGAAAUCGGGACUUUGUGCGAUGUCCCGGUUUGUACCAUAGUGUACAGCGGUUACGAGCGACAGGCUGAGGUGUACCCAUCUUGGGCCGAGGCCCAACUUGUGGUGGCCCGCUUUAACGGCCUCCAGGACGUUGACAAGAGCCGCAAAAUGGUGAGCCAAGAAACAUUCACCCAACAGCGGAUCGCGAGAGUGCGGGCCCAGCUGAGUCGGGCCCAAAGGGAGAAUAAGCGGCGGGAGCUGGAAAAGUUCAUGUACAGCUGCGUGGAGGGGACCACCAGGCUGGCGGACUUGGACCCUGCUGACGUGGACGAGAUGGAUAUUGUUAUGGACAAGGUCCUGAGGGACAUCGAGUCCAGGAAGGAGAGGAUGAGGAGUAAUGUGGAAAAAGAAGUAGAAAAAGAAGAAGAUUUUAAUAGCUACAUACUGAGGAUUGCGGACAGUCCAACCGGGCUGGAAGUGGCUCCGAGCCAGGCCAGGAUCGGCUGUGACAUGUGGAGUUUGGCCAAGGAGUCAAUGCUGUUGUGA